ACUGGUUAUCUUCAAUGAGUUUUAGCAAAGGAAUUCCCACUAACGAGUGAAUCUCAUCAUCUCCCGUCAGUCUUGUGGAGAAUCUCUAAAGAGAAUGUCUUAUAAUUUUGUGGUUCUAUUUGGCCUUUUGGUGGGGAUUUCCGAGAGUUUGGCUCAGGAUGGCAUGGGUUACAUUGGUUUGGCUCUAGAAGCAGCCUCACCUUGUCCCGAUAGUAUCCUUCACAUGUCUCGUGAAAUAGGACGCCCCCCAAGUGUCGAAAAUUACUGGGAUGGAGUAUUUUAUUUUGACAAAUGGCCUCAAAUCCCAGAAGUUCGACUUCACAUAACUCUAAAAGCUCCAGCGAGGAUGGAGAUUGAUCCAGACAUUGGAAGACUUUCUGUCCGGAGACGUACUUUCAUGAUCACGACCUUCGAGGCACCGCCAAAGCUUAAAAAGAUCGAAUUCACAGUUCGCGGGAGAUCUGGUGGGAAAUUCCCAGAUAUUGAAUCUGUUCAUCUCAAUGGGGCAGAUGUUUGCCCAAAUCCCCAACCAUUUAAUGCCCAUCUUUUGGGAACAUCGAGUGCAACCGCAAGUGAAGAUUUCGGAGAAGACACCACAGGAAGCAGUUUUACGAGCAAUGAAUGCGGCAGGAGGACGAUCAAGCACGAAGGACUUAUAACCUUUGGCUCAGAAACUCGUCCUGGAGAUUUCCCGUGGCAUGUAGCGAUCUACCAUCAGGAAGGUCGCCAGAGGAAUUACAAAUGUGGGGGCACUAUCAUCGACACAAACACCAUCCUCACGGCUGCACACUGCGUUUUCGAGGGUUUCAAUUUAAUUGCAGCUGAAAGAAUUAUAGUUCAAGUUGGAAAAUACCACUUAAAUAUCGCUGAUGAUUUUGCAAAAGAAUUUCAAGUUUUUAGAAUCAUCCCCCAUCCCUCGUACCAUAAAACUCUCCUCACCCACGACAUCGCCCUCUUGCGACUGUCCCGGGAACUCAGUUAUACAGACUACAUUCAACCGAUUUGUCUGUGGAAUUCUAACGACACAAAGCUCAUGGACGUAGAAAAUCGGUCAGGAGUAGCUCUGGGAUGGGGCUACACGGAAAAUGACACGGUAGCAGAUGCCCUGAGAUAUGUGGAGCUGCCCAUUGUACCUACAGUCACCUGCCUUGAGAGUGAUCGAGACUUUUUCGGCACUUUUCUGUCGGACAGUAACUUUUGCGCGGGCUUUACGAAUGGUACAAAUGUGUGCUCUGGGGAUUCUGGGGGCUCUCUAGCCUUUGAGGACGAAAACAAGGUUUGGAGAAUCCGUGGUAUAGUUUCAUUAAGCAUCAGACGACGGGAUAAAGCAAUCUGCAAUCCCAAGCACUAUGUUUUAUUCACUGAUGUAGCCAAGUACUUAUCCUGGAUUAAGCAGGAGACUUCUCCGAGGAUUACUCAAGUGGGAAGGAAAUAAGAAGGAUGUUACUACCACAGAGGUAUACUACAAUUUAAUUUUAAAUAAAUUAAUAAAUAAAAUAAAUAUUAAAUAAAUA